AUGAAGCGGUUGGACCAACUGGAGAAAUGCUGCGGCGGCGUCCAGGAACUCCAAACAGAGGAGGUAGCCCUGUAUGAUAGGCCACAAGUGGAAGCCGCAGCAGACUCUAUCCGAUUGUUCAUACACGAGUUCCUGGCUGUGAACGAUACGCUAUCUAGCCUGAGCGCAAUUGCACAGCACAAAGACAUUCUCACCAAAGUAGAUGAGUGCAUCCACAAAAUAGACGAGAUUCUGCCAGCACUAGUGACUGCCAUCGAAUCAAAACUGGAAUCAGAACCAGGAUUGGAAACCACCAUUAGUCAGUUGGAACCGCUGUGCGAGGAUCUACUAACAGCUAAAAAACACAUCUCGGCUUACCUGGAAAAUCUCCAUGUAGCCAUCAGAUUCACAGAGUUGGAUAAACAAGUGCUAGGGUCGAUCAGCGACGAGAUUGCCGACUGUUUCAAGGAUCUGAGAACUCUCCAACAAAUGCUGCUCACCACUCCUGUUAAAAAGCUUCCCAAGCUCGAAUUGGAAGAGAUUAAUGCUAAAAUGACACAGAGCGAGAGCUUCAAGCUGCGAAUGCCCACAUUUACCUGUCUGGAUGAGCGACUGCUUGGUUUGUACCAGCAACUAGAGGGCAGGAUAGAUCCUAUUCAAGCGGCCGUGCUGAUUGUGCCUCAGACCCUUGAAAGUUAUGGAGAGGUAGCAAUGCACAAGAGUCCAGGGUCGAUCAUGCAUCUCAUAUCAAAAUAUGAGGGCCUUGUACGAGAGGUGCACGAGCUCAGAUCUGCUUUGAAGCACAUCUCGCACGAGCUCGUGGACCGUCGCUGGGAGCACAUUUUUCAGUCCCUAAUGAGAGAGGUUUCUCAAGCGCUAGAGGACCUCGAAGACGAAAUGGUGGUCAAACAUUAUCUGGGAACGUCCAGUGUGCGAGAACUAGAAACAGUGGGCCAGUCGUUGGGUAUUCUGAAGCGUGCAACAGGCGAAAGAUUAAUUACCGAAAAAAGCAUGAUUCAGAAGAAAAACAAAUUGGAAGCACAAUACCUGAAACUCCAGGAGCAGCACUUUGAAUCCAAAAGAAGCUCACCAAGCCCGUCCCUGUCCCCAGCACCUGUGAAGUCCAAGGGAUCACUUUUUGACGCUCUCCAGCUCAAGCCAGUUUUGAUCGAGUACAACCCGACAUCUGCAAAGAAACGGAGUCCUCUCAAAUUUGAUAUUUUGGAGGACGACGAAUCCGAAGUUUCUUUCCGCACCGCGUCAAGUAGUUCCGUUCUCAAACGACUGAUGAAUGAAGCCGAGGAUAAAGAGAACGAGACAUCUAGAGACACAGAUGAAGACCUUGCUGGAAAGGUGCAGCAACUAGACAUCAAAGAGCGUUCGCCACGAAGUAUAAGGUCUCUUUCUCAAUCGGAUCCGUUUAUCACGCCAAAUGCAAAGCUUCACAGACCAAGCGUCCAGAAACAAGCCGAGAAAACCAAGUUGCUCAAAUAUGUUCCCUUACCAGUUCCUUUGCCAACUACUAGAGACGAAACGUUCAGAAGACAGAUUGAGCCAUCUAAGUCGCAAAUGACUAGGAUUCCGCUUCCUAUGCGUCCCGAAUCUCGCCAAUCUCUUUUGAACUCUAAAAUAAAGGGUGAGCACUACACGAUGCCUUCAAUGCGGAGCUCGAGCUGUAUUCCACGAUCAACGCUGCUCAACAAAAUUCAUUCAACACCGUUAAGAACUAGCACACGCCCAUUGUCGGCGUUGGAUACACACAAGUCCCCGACGAUGAUGGUGCAGCCAACACCGUUACGAGUGAUAAAACAGAGAGCUCGAGCGACGUCGUCCCUGGGAAUUAUUGAUCCUCGACGAGUGGCCUCUUAUGAUAAUGACACUUUCUAA